CACACAUGUGAACAAGGAUGGAAGGACGAAAACUUUGUUUUUUCUUUCUCUUUUUCACAAUCGUCGAUUCGUUCCUGUUCAGCACGCUAGACAGAGCGAAGGUGCAAGUGCUUCUUACUACUGGUGACCAGUCUAAGAAGUUAUCACAGGAAAAUGAUUUGUAUCCAUUGCAUGACAAUAACAACUUGCCUCAAAUAAAUAUCAACAAAAACCAGCGUUAUCAAACAAUGGAGGGUUUUGGUGCCGGUUUGUCGAACUCAGCUGCCUCUGUAAUCUACCACAGUCCAAAAAGACAUGAAAUUAUGAGACAACUUUUUAGCUCUACAGGUGGAAUUGGUGUGUCAUACAUAAGAAUAACAAUGGGCGGAUCUGACUUUCAAGCUGUACCUCCGUAUACGUACGAUGACAUGCCCAAUGGACAGACAGAUUUCCAGAUGAAUCAUUUCAGCAUUCAGAAAGAUCGUGAAUUCUUUAUUCCUAUCAUCAAGGAAGCCUUGAGUCUUAACCCGUCUUUGAAGAUAGUUGCUACACCAUGGAGUCCUCCGGCGUGGAUGAAAUCCACUAAUACUUUAUACGGAGGCGAUUUUCAUCAAGAUUGGGACGGAAAAUACCAACAGGCUUUGUCUUUAUACUUUGUUAAAUUUAUUCAAGCAUAUAAAGCUGAAGGGAUAGAUAUUAAUGCAAUUACAAUUCAAAAUGAGCCUCGUCUUCAAACAAGUGGUUACCCGACUAUGACAAUGUCUUGGCAAAUACAAAGGGAUUUGAUUAAGUGGCAUAUGGGACCACUUUUUCGACAAAACAAUAUUAACACUAAAAUUCUUAUUCUGGACCAUAACUGGGAUCUCCACGAGUACCCGGAAAACAUUCUACGAGACAAUGAUGCGACACAAUACGUAGGGGGCGUGGCAUGGCAUUGCUACGCUGGAGACAAAUCGGAACCGGAAAGACUUCAUUCAAAAUUUUCGAACAUUGACCAGUAUUUUACAGAAUGUUCUGGCUAUGCGGGUUCUCCUAAUUUCAAAGGUAACUUGGUUUGGAAUUUUGACAAUCUUUUCCUUCAACAACCAAGAGUAUGGGCCAAAACUGUUUUAUUUUGGAAUAUCGCCCUUGAUCAAAAUCAUGGACCUAGAGUACAGGUUCAAGGUUGCAAGGACUGUAGAGGUGUGAUAACAGUUUAUUCUGGGUCUGACCGGUAUCAAAAAGAAGUUGAAUACUACAUCAUAGGGCAUUUGACGAAGGUAGUUAAGACACAAGCCGUGAGAAUCGAUUCGACCGAUAAUGUAAAUGGAUUACGAUCGGUUGCCUUCGAAAAUCCGCUUGGAACUAUUGCCGUAGUUGUCUUGAAUACUCAAGAUCAAAGCAAACAAUUUGCACUGAACUUUAAUGGAGUCCGUUAUUCGUAUAAUUUGCCCGGAAAGUCAGUGGCAUCUUUCCUUUAUUCUCCCUAAUAAAAUUACAACAGGUAUAAAUAUAU